AUGGUAAAGUCGUUACAGCUAGCACAUCAAUUAAAGGACAAGAGGAUACUACUGAUCGGUGGUGGAGAAGUCGGCUUGACGAGGCUAUACAAACUGAUACCUACGGGUUGCAAACUGACUUUGGUCUCUCCUGACCUGCAUAAAGCCAUUUCUCCGAGGUUUGGGAAAUUCAUCGAAAAUGAGGAACCUCCCGAAUACAGAGGCGGCAGUAGACGCAUUGUUAAUCCCGUUUGGGAUUCCUCGAAAGAUGAAAUUUACGAGUACAUCCACGGUGAAUUCAAAGAUGAAUACCUCGAUUUAGAGGAUGAGGAUGAGGCGUGGCACAUAAUACUGACCUGCAUACCGGAUCAUGCCGAAAGUGCAAGAAUAUACCAUCUUUGCAAGGAAAGGUUCGGUAAGCAGCAACUGGUCAACGUGGCAGACAAGCCAGAGCUCUGCGACUUCUACUUUGGUGCCAACUUGGAGAUAGGUGACCGUCUGCAGAUCCUGAUAUCCACCAACGGGCUAUCUCCACGCUUCGGUGCUCUGGUGAGGGAUGAGAUCCGCAACCUAUUUGCACAAAUGGGAGAUCUGGCCCUGGAGGACGCUGUCGUGAAGCUCGGCGAGUUGAGAAGAGGCAUUAGACUACUGGCGCCGAACGAUAAGGACGUCAAGUACCGCAUGGACUGGGCCAAGCGCUGUACAGACCUGUUUGGCAUCCAGCACUGUCACGACAUUGAUGUCGAACGCCUGCUUGGGCUCUUCAAAACCAUGUUCCAUGACCAAAACUGCUCGUUGCAAUUCCCUUCAAAGGAAAGACUGCUUAGAGACUACUGCUCGUCUUGA